CGUGUGGCUCGGGUUCCCCCACUGCAGCAGAAGACGGUGUUGUGCGGGUCACGCCGAUCCACUUGUUGGUCCUGGAGUCGGAUCCAGCUGCUCCGGAGCCAGCGAGCCUCGGUGCUGCCUCAGACCCCGCUGCAUUUCUGUGGGCUUCCAUGUUGAAACAUCAGUUAGAAGGAGUGUUGUUGAUGUGAAGCUCAAAAUAUCGCUUACUGACGCCGUUCAUCAUAGCGCCCGGAGAUUCUGAAUAACACGCGUUUCAGUUCUGUGUGGCAAAUAUGCCACAGAAAAAAACAAAACAAAAAAAAAAAAACACACCAGAUCAUCUCGUGCAGCUCACAUAAUCACCUUUAUUUUAGGAUUGUUUUUGGACUACAGCAUUCUUUUAUUGCGUUCAUUCCAUUUUUCACACGUUUUGGUGGUCGCAAAAUUAUCCAAUAAUUAAUAAUAAAAAAUACUAUUAGUUAUUGAUUAAUACAAAAGCAAUUCAAAUAAAUAAAUAAAGUUUAUUCUCCCAACAAAACACGUUGAUUUUCUUUAGACAAUUUCUUAUUCUUAUUAUUUUAGAAUAGAAACAUAAAAAAACCAAAACACAUAAUUGAAUUUCAAAUAAGCCUUUUGGGAAUAAAGACUUUGUUUUGGUAGCUGAACUGGAGUUACUGAACUGUCAACAUAUUUUUGGGGUUGUUUUCAUGCAUGAAAUGCAGAUUCACCUAAUUCCACCUAGUGCCUUUGUUACAGUGGUUUUCCAUCUUCAGCCAGUUUUGCCACAGCUUUAUUCAGAAUGUAGGAGUUCAAACAACACAUGUGCCUUCACACUCAUCCUUUUCGAUUUAAACUAACGGUGACAGGAACUCAUAAUAAUCAAAAUAAUCAUUUAUUUUCUCAACAGGCUCCUAUUCUUUUAUUUUGUGUGUUUUCUUCACCUUUUAUUCAUCCAUCAGUUUUGAUCGUGAUUAAAUUGUCUGUCACAUGAAGUUAUAUGCCAAAACGGAAGACUAAAACACGAAAAAACAAAAUCGGGUUUCACUAUCCAGAGUGUGAACUUUGGGCCUCUACUGCAGCUUCGCCAGGGUUUACUCCAGUCACCUUAUCAUUUUUGUCUUGCUAAAGUGACUGAGUCUCCCAAAAUGGACAGUCAACAUGGCACCAAAAUUCGGAGAGGAUCUCAGGAACUAUCGGGUCCUUCCAUUUCACUUCUUCUUCUUGAACGUCACAGUAAAAUCCUGGACGCCGGAACAUGCUGCGUCCCCCACUUCCAUAUUGUAGCAGUUUGUCAUCAGUAACUGCAUCUCUACAUUGACUUUACAUGGAAAUGAAUUGCUUUUGUUGCUUAAAUCACAUCUGGUGUGAAAGCACAAACACUGUCUCAUAAUUUUCACAUAAAAAAAAAAGUAUUACGUUAUGGUGAGGUGACAUCACUUUAUUCUACCCAAGGCACCCAACGGCUGUUGACGUGGAGAGACAUUUUCUUGUUUUUCAAGCUGUUUUCCCUGCCAUGUAAACGUGGUCAAACUGGUCUCUUUAUUCUAUUCCUCAGAAAAACCUGUUCUUUCAAACCAUGUCGAUCCCUCCCUGACUCAAGCACCAGCUCCUUCACCAGUCACCACUGUGACAGGCAUAUUCUGGACACAGAUCUGUUUCCCGGUCAGACAUUUUUUUUGCCGAUAGCUUAGAAUAAACUUUGACCUUGUUUUCACAGCAGAAUCAGGGCAGCGAGGGUCUGAAGCCCACCUGUUUCACAUGUGUUCACCGAGCAUGUCACCAGGUCGCACCUCCACCUGACUCACAUGAGCAGAGAUGAUCUUCUUAAGGAGUCACCUGCCGUCACGUGUCAGUCCCCGCAUCAGAGUUUUGGACUGACAUUUGAUGAAAAGUUGCUCCAGUGUUGGAGCUGAUCCCCUCAUCCUCCGCCGCUGAAUUGGAGGGUUUGAUGACACUAUCACUUGGAAUAGAGCUGGGCAGCUUACACACCAUAUGUUAGCUCGCUCACACCCACACUCACUGGCUUGACCCGAACCGGCCCGCCUGGUUUCACUGGCUUACCAGGGCUUUAGCAUCUGUGCAGUAAAUUUAGGGCACGAGUGUUUGCUGUCUGCCGGCGCUUUAAAGCGAGGAACCAGAGCCCAGAGCUUUAGUGUCUGAGUUGCGCUGCGCUGGGGAAAACUUCUCCGCAGGGUCAGGAUGAGGUCCAGGAGCAGGGACAGGAGGCAGGAGGUGAAACUUGAGGAGAGUGAAAUGAUUCCCAAAUCAGGAAAGUCUCCAGCAGACACUCGGAAAAGUGUCGGAAUACAGGAAUUUGCAGCUCUGGCCAGAUCCUCCUUCAAUGGUAUCUCUCAGGCAGUUCGGGACCAUGUCACGAAGCCCACCUCUCUGGCUCAGGGCCGCGUGGCCCACCUCAUCGAGUGGAAAGGCUGGCCCAAACCUGCAGACCUCCCACCGGCCGCCCACUCCCACUUCAACUCCUACUGCCACCUGACGGAAGGGGAGAAGGAAGCGCGCUUUGCUGCAGGUGUGGCUGAACAGUUUGCCAUCGCUGAAGCCAAGCUGAGGGCCUGGGCGUCGAUGGAUGACGAAGAGGAGGAGGACUCGAAUGAUGAAGACUCCAACACGAACGGACGGAGCUCAGACGGCAACCCAACCUCCGAGGCGCCAUGCCAGCCUGAGGCGGACCCGGGGGAAGUGUCCCCCUCUGAGAGCAGCCUCGGAUCUCAGGGUGACCCUCGUACCAACUCGCCUGCUCUCCACACACCCGCGCUGUCGCUGGAGGAAGAGGAGGAGGAGGAUGGAGAGGUGAGGCUGGGGGAGAAGACAGAUGCCCCGAUGUUGGAGGAGCACGGCGAGGCUCCCAUCAGCUACAAACCAGAGACCAGAUCUCGAGGACGAAGCAGCAGGUUCGACUCCUGUUACUCCACGUCCGAGUCACCCGGGGAGGAGGACGAGGAGGACAGCGUGUUCCACGAGGUGCGGGUGUGGCACUGCAGCCAGAGGAGCUUCUUCUCCGACCGCGCCUCCUCAGGAGUGGCCUCGUUCGACGAAGAAGAGGAGCGGGAGGACGUCGACGAGAAGAAGGACGACAAAGAGUUCUUGAUGUGAUGUGUCUUUGUUUCUCUGGAUGUGACAUCAUCUGCUUUUACUGUGAAGCCCUCUCCUCCGCUCCCCUCCGUGGCCCCUCCCUCCUCCUCCCCACCGCCUUCUGUCCGUCAUCCUCCAGGCCUUCAUGUACUGAUCUCGCCUCACUGGCUGCUGUAAACACUAUAUCUAAACGUACAUAUUGACAAGUUGAACCGGAAUGUAAAGCUGUCGUUCAAACUGAGUUUUGUACCUUUACAGUAUGGUGAAGAGUCACGUGUUGCUAUUGCGUUGAUUUUCUAUGAUAUUUUGUAGUGUUCUACUCUGCUCUGUCACGUGGGUCAGGCUGUUUGAUACUGAAUGUCCUGCAUAUGUAUAAAUAUGAUGUCUUUUUUUUUUAA